GGGGCAGCCCCAGAUGUGGGACUCGAAUUCAAGAGUCCUCAAGGCUGUGGUGUGACGGACAAGUGUAUCCGUCCUAGCACACUCCCUUUUUCUCCUGGUGAAUGUCCUUGACACACCUGCAUCGCCUUCUCGGCAUCUUAAGUCUGCACUGUCUUCUAGUAUCGGACUGAAACAUCUGAGUCAGGCAGGAUUCGCCCGGAGCCUUGAGGCUGUCGGAACCGCAUAAGAAAAUUUACCUACGCAGAAUUGUACUUGGCCUGAGAGACAGGAGCGGCCGGGUCCCGCUCAUAUAUCAUUAUGGACAGCAAAGAGAUAGCAGAGGGGCGCAAUACACAUGUCGAGGACGCCUUGGCAUCACUGACGGGCUUCAUCAACGAGGACGACCUGCUGGAGCUAGCAAGCCGAUUUUCGGAGACAUAUCGGGAUUUGGCCAAAUCGUCGACGGAGCAUUUCCUGGUGACGCCUGUUACUGCAUUGCCUACGGGGAAAGAGAAGGGUCGAUUUCUGAGUAUCGACGUUGGUGGCACGAAUCUAAGAGUGGGAUUUAUCGAGCUGCUAGGAGAGUUAUUAGGCACGGGAACCCAGAAUGGCGAAGCUCCAGCAUCGAAGAUCAGAAAGAGUCAUGACAAGAGCUGGCCCAUUGAGGAGCAUAUGAAGAUGGACCAGGCUGAGGAUCUCUUUGCCUGGAUCGGUGACUGCAUAGCGGAGGUCAUCACGGACGCCUUGAAUGCAUCACCUGCCUCGGAAUCCCCCUUUGGAGAUGAACUUCUCCUAGGCAUCACCUUCAGCUUCCCCAUGGCCCAAACCCGCCUCUCGGAAGCCACGCUCCUCCCCAUGGGCAAAGGCUUCGCCAUCACCUCGAAUCUCAACCUAGGCAAGAUGCUCCUAGCAGGUUACUCGCGCCACCUCUCGAACCCAACCAUCACCAACGGCCACUCUCCGACCCAACUCCCCCGCCUCCGAAUCGCAGCAAUCACCAACGACACCGUCGCCACAUUCGCCUCGCUCGCCUACGCCGUCAAAGCCGCUCCCAACAGCCGCGUAGCCAUGGGCCUCAUCGUCGGCACCGGCACCAACGCGACGGUCCCCAUGCCCCUCGCCGCCCUGCACCCAGCCAAGCGAUCCAGCCUGGCCAACCCCGACGCCGUCGACACCGUCGUCAUCAACACGGAAUGGACCAUCCGCGGCACCGACAAACCCCUGAACGACAUGGCACUCAAGACGAAAUGGGACCUGGAGCUCGACGGGAACAGCGAGGCGCCCGGGUUCCAGCCCUUUGAGUAUAUGACUGCGGGCCGGUAUUUGGGGGAGAUUGUGAGACUCGUGUUUGUGCAUCUGGUUUCAUCAGAAGGGCAAGUACCGGCAUCGCUGAAGACUAGGAACGCGAUAGCGACGCGCUUCCUGUCCGAGGUGGUCGCUCGUGCAGACGACACUUCGUUGACGGCCGAGCUGGAGAACAUGUACCCCUCUCCAAACCGGACAUCAACGUUCUGGAUCCCCGCUCGCGUGCAACUCCUCCGGGAUAUCGCACAAGCCGUCCAGCAGCGCUCCUCGGCACUCAUAGCAGCCGCCUGCGUCGGCCUCCUCGCCUGCGUCAACGACAUCCACAUCGACAACAACCAGACCCAACUCAACGGAGAACAAACACAUAAACGAUCCGCAAACAGCGGCACCACCACUUCCGAUUUCCAAACCGAUGCACCAAAACCAGACCACGAAGACCAAGCAGCCCAGGACGAGUCCGACAGCGACAGGGAAGAACUCGUCAUCGCCUACGCCGGCGGCACCAUUUCCCACUACCCGGACUGGCUGUCUACCUGCCAGCGCUGGAUCGACGCGCUCGUGACGAGGGCCUCGCCGCAGAACCAAGGGAAGAAGGUCGUUCUCCGAGAGGCGCUGGAUGGAGGUAUCAUUGGGGCGGGCGUGCUGGCGGGUAUGACGGAUGAGAUUGCGUAGAUGAUGACGACGGUAGGGACAGGAACCCGAGCGAGAUCCAUACACUCCCCAAGGUUGGAUCGAGACGGAUUUACAUUUGAAACGAGUUAUGAAGCAUCAUUCUGGCUAUGUGGAUGAGAUAGCAACAUGGGUUUCUAGAGACGAGGUGGAGGGUCUUGUUGCUGUUUGUUUCAUAUUCAUCUCCCAUCUGAGAGCAUUCUGGUACGACAGCAUACAGCGCGAGUGACUUGACGACACAUUUAGCGGCUUGCAUUUUCAAACUUCUUGCUCAACUCAUGAACUCAUGAUAUGCACUCAUAUUCUCAUAUUCUCUUUCAAUUGUCACACUGGCCGCUGGAUGGAGCAUCUCGCUAAUCGAUAUAGACAUGUCACACGAAAUACGGUAUCAUCACCCCCCACACCCACCGCCUCAACAAUCAUCCGAUCCAGCCCUGUUCCUUCUAUUUCCCUCAAAACCUCAUCGAAGCGCACCUAAUAACUCCUUCC